AUGUGGGCAGGAAUGAAAUUAGCACAAGCGGCGGCGCUUCUGGCGUUCGCGCUCCUCCUCUGCAUCCCAGAGGAGGCUAGGACCUACUUCACUUACGACGCAGGCGUGAACGUGACCGUGCACGCGAACUUCAACGUCGGUCCUCCGGUGGCCACCGAGAAGUUCGACUUGCUCGUUCACGGGGACAUGGUGGUUGGCACUGCGCAGAAAGUGGAACCCAGCUCUCCGCGAACCAACGUGGACGUCGAGGGCGGCAUCUCGGGGCACCGCUUUGUGUUCCGCCCGCCCCAUGGCCUCGGCCUGGGCCCGGCGAGCUCGUCCACGACGGCGCGCGACAUCGUGUUCCUGCAGUCCCGCGGCCUCUUCGACGGCGCCGGGGCGCUCGCGGGGCACAACGUCUCGCUGGUCCGCACGACGGACCAGGGGAGCUUUGGCCUGCAGGAGCACGCCACCCUGUCGGUGGAGACCGCCAUCGGGUCCGACACCCGGGCGGGCGACGCGCGGCUCGUGCUGCGGGGGAACGGGAACGGCGUCCUGCAGAUCCAGGCCGACGGGGCGGAGGGGACCGUGGCCAGCCAGAUCACGCUGACCAACCGGUACGCGGGCGGCGCGGCGGCGACGAACUUCCGGCUGGCGCACCGCCAGCGCGCGCUGGACGUGAGCAGCGACGUCAUGGACGUCGUGCGCGUGCACGACGCGUGGCCCACGAAGACGCGCGCCGGGGCGCUGUGGAACCAGCUGGCCAACGGCGCGCGGGGCUUCGCGCGCGUGCCGCGGCUGCAGGUCAACGUGACGGACGACGGGAGCUCCGUCGUGACGGUCACGGCGCCGCACGCGCGGCUCGCGUCCUCCGGCUUCGUGGACGGCAUGGCGCGCGCCGAGGUGGCCAUCCACCAGGGCGACACCGAGCUCGCGCUGACGAACGAACCCCGCACGACGGGCGACGUGGUGGUCUUCCGCAACGGCACGCGGCAGUUCCUGGAGCUCACGCCCACGCGGCUGAGCCUGGAGCCGCAGGAGGCGCUCGGCCACGUACGCGUGGGGCGCCCCGCGGGUGUCGUGAGCGGCACGACGGAGCCUCUCUACCACGGUGGGGAGCUCACCGUCGGCGAGCUGGCCACGCGCUUCGUCAACACGGACAACUCGAGCUUCUACGCGACGCUCGAGGGGCAGCCGCGCACGCGCCUGGCCGUGUCGCUCGUGAGCGGCGACGGCCCGUCCGGGACGACGCGCUCGGUGCCGUACCCCGUGGUGCUGCAGUCGGGCACGUUCACCAAGCAGCACGCGCCCAUGGCGUACGUGGGCGACGGCGAGAUCGGCGUCGCGCCGUUCCGGACGGCCGCGCCGGUCGGGAAGGACCGCUGGACGGGCGACUGGCGCGGCGGCGCGGUCGGCCUGAACGGCACGGGCCUCUCGCAGAGCGCGCCGGACUUCCCGCUGAUCCUGCACACGCGGCAGACCAGCGCGGGGCUGACGACGGGCGGCGGGCUGGCGGGCGUGGUGCUCACGGGGGCGUACAAGCUCGACGUGGGCGGCAUCACGCUGCUGGACAUCGACGACGGGCGCGUGCUGCCGUCGGACAAGCGCUCGACGCGCCGCAUCACGUCCAAGGGCACGCUGCGGCUGAGCGCGUUCGACAGCACCGACAACGGGUUGAUCCCGGCCUACGGGUCGGGCGCGAACACGAGCGAGGUGUACGUCGACGGCAACGAGCGCAAGGGCGGCGCGCGGCUGCGUGUGGGCAACGCGGUCUUCCACGACGCGUACACCGCGGCCGCGCCCUUCACGCUGCCGGUCAUGGACGGCGUCGCGGUGCAGUCGCUCACGAGCCUGGACGCCGCGGCGCUGAUCGCCGUCGGCAGCGCGUCCAAGGACGCCACGGGCGCGCCGUCCACGACCGACCCGCUCAACCCUGCUGUCAACCCCCACUCGGGGCUGCUCGUGCUGCGCUCGCCGCUCGAGGUGCGCGUGGACGAGGCCUCCGUGCUGCGCGUCGGGCAGCCGAACGCCUCGGUCGUCGUGCGCGGCGGCGCCUCGACGGUCAUCGCCAGCGACAACCCGUCGGCGCAGUUCAGCCUGGAGUCGGCCUUCGGCGUGGACGUCGGCGGCGGGCAGCGCUCGACGAUCCGCGAGCGCGUGCCGUACGGCAGCUCCGUGGCGGGGCUCGGCAAGGGCGGGCGGCCCGCGGUCGUCGUGCGCGACCUGGAGAUCGACGGGUGCGCCCCGCCCAAGGCCAGCGCGCCCAACCUGGGCGACGCGUACACGACGACGGUGUACGCGACCGCGGUGACCCGGAACGAGUGCGUGACGCGGAUCGGCGCGGUGUUCCCGGAGGCGGGGGCGACGGGCGGCGUGGCGGACGCGAUGGGCAAGUACACGACGGGCGAGCACAAGGAGAUUUACUUCACGAGCCGCAACUACAUCGACUUCGACGGGAGGAGCCGCUUCAAGGCCGGCGGCCUCUUCUUCGACGGUCUCGGGGCGCAGGCCGGCGACUUCGAGAACGCGUUUUCCGAGUCGAACAACUACAAUGGCACCUUUGACCCGCUCAAGGGAGACACGAAGAACACGAUCCGCGGCGACAGCGGCCUGACCGUCUCGGGCGGGCGCCAGGGCGGCGCCGUGCGCAUCACCGGCGGCACGUCCCGCGUGUCGGGCGUCGCCGGCGGCGACGUGGUGGUCUCCAGCGGCGGGACCGGGCACAUCGGCACCUGGACGGGCGACUCCGGACGCAUCCAGCUCCUCACGGCCGGCGUCGCCACGACGGGCUCCUCCGGCGAGAUCCGCCUGGCCACCGGCGGCGUCACCAGCGGCGCCUCGGGGCAGGUCGCGGUCUCGACGGGCGACGCGCUCAACACAGGCAACUCGGGAUCCGUGUCCAUCGCGACCGGCGCGAGCGCGGCGGCUGCGUCCGGCGGCGUGAACGUCGCCGUCGGAGCCUCGGGCGGGCUGACGUCGGACGGCGGCGCGAUCACGAUGACGGCAGGGACGUCGGCCCAGGCCAACGGCGGAGGGGUCGGCAUCUCCGGUGGGUCGUCGGCGAGCACCGGGAAGGCGGGAGGUUCCGUCACGGCGGCGAGGGUUCUGACGGUGCUGGGGGAGCUGUCAAGGUGA